AUGACAGCGAGCGCAUCCUUCAAGCGCCUCUUAUGCUUAAGAUUGUUUGCUAUAAUUCUCGUCUGUGCGGCAACGUUGUCGUUAGUCGCUGCCGACAACAUCCCGAAACCGUUUUCAAAGGACAUGUUGGAAUACCUGCAGUGCCAAGUAUGUCAGACACCAGAGCUCACAGGUAGCGUACAAGACUCGGCAUGCGACUACGAGACAGUAGACAAAGCGGUGAAUCAGCAUUUUCAUCCACUGCUGCAUGAACUAUCGCGUCUCACAUUUUUCCGCUACUUUAAGGUGGAUCUGGGCAAAGAAUGUCCUCAUUUACCGUGGCAGGAUGACGGUAUAUGCGCCAGUAUUGACUGUGCUGUAUGUGAGUGUCCGUCGCACGAGAUUCCAAUACCCUGGAGUCAAUUGGACCAGCAUGAGACUCAGUCGCGUCAGAGUAAGAGUCGUGGAGAAGCUGGCAAACCCUGUGAUGAGCAGACGGGGGAAAGCAAUCUGUCUAAGGUUGAGCGCAAAAAUGCAGUGGCUGGUGAGAGUUUUGAAGCGUGGGAAGAGAUCCCCAGUGCCAAUGUGUGGGCUACUCAGGGCGAGGAAGAGGAGACGAUGACGUACAUUAAUCUGCUGGAAAAUCCGGAGAGAUACACCGGCUAUAGCGGCGUUCAGGCUGAACGCAUUUGGAAUGCUAUCUACAAGGAAAAUUGCUUUUCACCGCCAAAAGAGAGUGCAUUUGACGGCAUGUGUCUAGAAGAGCGUGUGUACUACCGCCUCAUUAGUGGGCUGCAGGCUUCAAUCAAUACACACAUCGCGCUGACGUACAAAUUUGGCAACAAGUGGGGAGUCAAUCCUUCACUAUUCGUCGACCGAGUUGGCAAGCACCGCGAUCGACUCCAGAACCUCUACUUCGCCUACCUGUUCGUCAUGCGGGCGAUCAGCAAGUACCGUCAGGAACUGUUGGCGUACGACUACAAUACGGGCAACACCGCUGAUGAUCUUCGUGUGAAGGAGAUCCUCCACCAACUUUUGCUCGAAGGAUCAGAUGACGCUCGGGCGUCGGGCGUUUCCUGCUUGGCAUAUGCCGAAUGCUCGUCCGUCCUGUCUGGUUUUGAUGAGAGUGCGCUCUUUCGUGUUCAAGCCGACGGUCUAUCUAUCGAUCAGCUAGCACAAGCCAAGCAGGAGAAGAAGCAGCUUGAAGUGCAGUUUCGCGAGAAGUUUCAGAAUGUGAGUCGUAUCAUGGACUGCGUCACAUGUGAGAUGUGCCGUCUUUGGGGCAAGUUGCAGAUUAUGGGAUUGGGAACAGCCGUCAAGAUCUUGCUCGCGGAGGACGUGUCGACGAUCCCUAAGCUGCAUCGCAACGAGCUCAUCGCGCUCAUUAACGUGGCAAACAACCUCGCUCGUAGUGUAGACGGCGUGAAGAUGAUGCGGGAGCUCGAGUUCAUCGAGGCUGUAAAACAGUUCGGUUUUGUCUGCGGUGCAGCCGUUCUUCUCGUGUUGGCCCUUAUAGUCAUUUUCCGUAGACGUAAAACGCGGGCGCAAAAGAAGCAUACGAAGCAAGAGUAA